GCAGCAGCAGCAGCGCGCAGCACGGACGGAAAAGAGAAAAGGCGAAAACGAUACAAAACGGCGAGCAGAACGUGAAAAAACUACACCAGCCCUAAGCUUGCAACGAAGGCAAAUAGCAGAAUGACGCUGCCGAGCAGUGCCAGGGUGUACGCGGAUGUAAAUUCGCAUAAACCACGUGAAUAUUGGGACUAUGAGAACUACAUCGUCGAUUGGGUAAACCAGGAUGACUACCAGCUAGUACGAAAACUGGGCCGGGGCAAGUAUAGCGAGGUGUUCGAGGCGAUCAAAAUGACGAGCAACGAGAAGUGCGUGGUGAAAAUCCUAAAACCGGUAAAGAAGAAAAAGAUCAAACGCGAAAUCAAGAUCCUCGAGAAUCUUCGGGGCGGCACCAACAUUAUCACGCUGCUGGCAGUGGUGAAGGAUCCGGUCUCCCGUACGCCGGCACUUAUUUUCGAGCAUGUGAACAACAUCGACUUCAAGCAGCUCUACCAAACGCUUAGCGAUUAUGACAUCCGGUACUAUUUGUACGAGCUGCUGAAGGCGCUCGACUAUUGCCACAGUCUCGGCAUCAUGCACCGUGAUGUGAAGCCACACAACGUAAUGAUCGAUCACGAAAAUCGCAAAUUGCGCCUGAUCGAUUGGGGACUGGCUGAGUUCUACCAUCCCGGACAGGAGUACAACGUGCGGGUCGCGAGCCGCUACUUCAAGGGUCCGGAACUGUUGGUUGACUACCAGAUGUACGACUACUCGCUGGAUAUGUGGUCGUUGGGGUGCAUGCUUGCGUCGAUGAUCUUCCGCAAGGAGCCAUUCUUCCACGGACACGAUAAUUACGAUCAGCUCGUGCGCAUCGCGAAGGUGCUCGGUACGGAAGAUCUGUUUUCGUAUCUGGAUAAAUACAACAUCGAGCUCGAUCCGCGCUUCAACGAUAUUUUAUCACGUCACUCGCGCAAGCGAUGGGAGCGUUUUGUGCACUCAGAAAAUCAGCAUCUGGUGUCGCCAGAGGGGCUUGAUUUUCUUGACAAGCUGCUGCGCUACGACCACUUCGAGCGCUUGACCGCGCGGGAGGCCAUGGAGCAUCCGUACUUUGCCAUCAUUGUCAACGGUCAGAUGCCACCGCCGCCGACCUCAUCCGCGAAGGGUGGCACCAACUAAAUAUGCGCCCUGCCCUCCUCUGUCAUCCCCGCCUUCACCUCAUCCUUCUGUCGUACGCCGCAGCAAGCGGCGCACCGCGAGCGUUUCCACCGAUGGCAGCAAAACAACUGGAUGUGCAACAGGCGACCUCUUCCAGUGUAUUGUUCGCCGUUCCCCGUCGCUGGUCCCCGAUGGUCGCGAAUACUGCUUGGUGGCAGUGCAUACGUGUUGUUCACUUUUAAUUACUGGCGGCCUGUGGGCGAUGGCCGAAGGCGGUGGUCUUGACUGAGCGCCGAGGAGGUGUCGAGCGAAAAUGAAGAGUAAGUAGUGCGCUAUUAUAAGUAAAGUGGGGCGUGUGUGCCUACAGGACGCGAUCUGAACGAAAGGUGCCGAUGGUCGCCACCCUGUGCACACGAUCCUUCAUUCGGCGAGGAAAAUUGGCAUAUUGAAUUUGAAAACAAAUAACAUAAAACCUGCUAGGGGAUGAAUUAGCCCGGAAGUUGAAGAGGGGAUAUUUUAGAAUAGGUUCUCAAAUGCUAAACAACAAAAGUUAAAAUAUAGCGGAUGAAAAAAAAAAACAAGAUGAAUGAAUUUGAACAAAAUAGAUGAAAGAAGAGCAUUGAAAGUUAUAGAGAGAAAUAGCGA